AAGGAGGCUGCCACUGUGGAAGGUCACGGGGGCUUUUACGCGCAAUGAGUUGACGCCUUCCGGUUGACCGCGCACCGCGAGCUGCCUGUUUAUUUUAUUUGUAAGGUUGCUAUCUGUUUUCUGAAUCAGUGGCUUUGGCUGGAGUACUGGGAGAAGAAAUGAAAUAUGUGCAGUUGAUCUCCAGGGAAUGAGCGCGGCGCGUAAAACGUCUUGGAGUUGAUAUUCAGCAUGGCUCUGGAGAGCGCGUCGCUCCUGAAGGCAGGGCUUGUGUUGUUGAUGGCUGCUCAAGUCCUGCCAUCAGUGAGUGCCUGCAACAGGGGUGGCUACGAGAAAACGAUCAACGAUCUUUGCUUAGAGAAGUUCAAAGUCGACUUGAGAGGACUGGACCAAGACCUGUGGUGCAGCUGGCCGGAUACAACAGAGAUCUAUGAGGGCCUAACAAACUGCACCUUCCAGGAGGCCAUGAAGAUGGACUGCUUCUGGCCUAAUCAGAUAGUGGACCGCUUCUUCAUGCAAAUUCACCAGACAUACUUCCACGACUGUCCUCUGACCGGCCGGCUCCUCCAUGACCCGCCAAUCAGCAUCCUCGCCCCGUUCAUUGCAGUGCCAGUAUUGGUCACCCUGCUCAUGACUGCUCUAGUGGUGUGGAGGAGUAAGCGCACAAAGGGAGUGCUGUAAUGGGGGACUGCUUCGGCUCUGGAUAUGGGUUCAAGGCUUGGAGAAAGACUCAUGACAAGCAGAGACUCCGAGAGUGUGUACAGAUUUUUGGGUGAUUUUCACAUGAUGUGUUGAGUUGUAUGCACUUAUACUUAUGCUUAUACUGUAUUUUGAAAUUAUAUAAUCCUGAAGAGUGUAUGAAAGAUAUGGCAUGUUUGAUUGCAGCUGAAAUAAAUCUCUUUCUUUGUUAUAAAAA